AUGCACUUAGUGAAAUUUUCCGUUCGAGGCUUGCUUCGCAUUUUGUUUACUGUCUUGACUUUCCAAGCUUGUUUAGCAAUCUCUUCGCUUAGAGUCGAUAUAACAGUUGGCACAGUCUACAUCAUUAUUAUUGGAACGCACCCUGAUGUUGUCCAGUUCCUUGGUAUCCCUUUCGCUGAACCUCCAACCGGUGACCGUCGAUGGACGCCUUUCGUAGCCAAAACUCCCGCAGGAGACAUCGAUGCUACAUCUUUGAGCCCAUCAUGUCCUCAAUACGACACCUCAAUCCCAUCAACAUAUGAGAUCGACGCACGAGACUUUCUCAUCUCAGGUCCAACAUCUGAGGAUUGCUUGACACUCAGUAUCUGGGCUCCUCUCACGGCAGCCAACAACUGCAGCGAGAAAUUACCGGUCAUUGUUUGGAUCUAUGGUGGUGGUCAACUUACUGGAGGUGCUCAAAUCGAGUAUCAAAUUCCGACGCCGUGGGUUCAGAGAAGCCAAGAGCAUAUCUUGGUGCAAGAAAACAACCGUCUGAAUAUCUUCGGCAAUCCACAUGCUGCCGGAAUAAAGCCAACGCUCAACCUUGGUUUGCUAGAUCAGCGACUCGCCACGGAAUGGGUCCGGUCGAACAUCGCCAAUUUCGGAGGUGAUACUUCCAGAGUCACUAUGUGCGGUCAAUCUGCUGGAGCCAGCUCUACGGACUACUACAACUUCGCAUAUCCUGAAGACCCUAUCAUUUCCGGAAUCAUUUUGGACUCUUCUUCAGCUAUUAGCAAUGCACCAAGCAGCGAUCCGACAGGAUUCAAUUUCACUUUUCUGGCAGGACAGUUUGGCUGUGGUAAUCUGACUGCCGACGCAGAGCUCACAUGCAUAAAUGAUGUCAGCUUUGUAGAUAUUGAAGCUUUCCUGAAAUCGUAUCAGGAUAAUGGGGCGUUACCGAGUGUCAGCUUCACACCAGUGGUCGAUAAUGUGACGAGAUUCUCGAACUAUACUGCAAGAGCGUUGGCUGGCAAUUUUUCUAAAUUUCCUGCCAUUCAUGGUACCAACAACAAUGAGGGUUCAUCACUUACCGAUUGGGUCAACAACGGAACGACGUACAACGAAACAGCAGCUAAUGCCAACACAGUUCAACGAAUCUGCUGGGCACAGCAAACUACCGAGUAA